CUCGAGCUACCAAUCUUUUUCCUUUCCCCUAUAUUAUCUGAGCUGUCUGUGCGUUAUAUGAAUGAGUAAUGCUACAUAUAUUUACAUAUUUAAUUUAUAAAUUUAUUUAUAAUGAUGUGAUAAAAUAAAAUCUUUAAUCAUUAAAUGUGUAAUUAAUCAAAAUUAACCCAUACCAUAAGAUAUCAUUAUUGAUAGAAGUGUGAGAGUCUUUUUUUAAUCUCAAACUUUUUCCUUUCCUUAUAUGAACCAAGACAUUUCCAGACUACUUUUUCUUCACUUCGACAGGGGCAGCCCUUUUCUUCAACCAUCACGAAAUCCAAGAUGGGGUUUCAGUUAGAAGCUGUGAUUCUGUCUCUGCUUCUGUAUGUGUUUCUGUUUGCAGACCAAACAAAGGCUGAGCAAUUCAUCACUAAUGCUACCACUAGUUCCAUAGAUAGGAACAGUGGUGGUGGUUGCAAUAUUUUCAGAGGCAAAUGGGUAUACGAUGCAUCAUACCCUCUUCCAUACGACUACUCUCUAAGCUGUCCCUUCAUUGAUCCUGAAUUCAAUUGUCAAAAGUACGGUAGACCUGAUAAAUUGUACCUCAAAUACAGGUGGCAACCCUUCUCAUGUCACCUACCAAGGUUUAAUGGGUUGGAGUUUUUGGAGAGGUGGAGGGGGAAGAAGAUCAUGUUUGUGGGUGACUCACUGAGUUUGAACAUGUGGGAGUCUUUGAGUUGUAUGAUACAUGCUUGGGUCCCAAGGGCUAAGACCACAUUCUUCAAGAAAGGUUCCAUUAGUUCAGUUACAUUUGAGGUCAGUUUGGCUUCUACCCAAUUUUCUUCACCUCAGUUUGAUUAUCAAAAAUCAAAAAAACAUUUUGCUGGUAGAAUGCAUGCAUGUAUUCUCUAUUUCAUUUUUGGUAAUUUAUUUUUCUCACUUUUUAAUUUUUGGAAUUUGUAAAAACAAUAUGGGACUUGAACCUUAACAAUAAAAUUCAUGAUCUAAAGGACACAUAUAAUUAUAAAGUUGGUCGUUUUGCAUCUUAAUUUUAGUUGUAUACAUUUGAAUUCUAAUCCAAUGUUUUAGGUUAUCCUAUCUUCUUUGUUUUCUUUUUCAAUUUUUUUUUUU